AUGGUGAGGUCUACAGCGGCUGUUCAACGUGGUCAUCCUGAGAGUAAAACAGAGAAGAGGAGACGUCUGAGAUCGUUGGGCCUUCUGGUCGGCCUCAUCUAUGCUUGCGGACUAUUGGUCACCACCGUCGCUCCGCUGUGGCUGUUUGGCUCCGAUAACGAUUCCGAUUGGUCUCGUCCGGAAAUGGUCAGCAGUUCCUCCGUUGGUGGGGAAGUAUCAGGAGAGCUCAGGGAUUUCCUCAAUGACCCUCUAGUCAACACAGACCGUGAGCAAACCUGGCAGCACCGAUACAGCCAUAAACAGCUUGGUGAUCUCACGCUUACUGGUAAUGGCAAGGACGCGUGGGCGGCCGACUACCUCUAUAAUUUGCCUGGCAAAGGACUUGGCGCCAUUGAGGGUGCCCUCAACAGUGAUCAGCAGCUCGCUCUUCAGUACUCCAAUACAGUUCCAGAUGGCACAUUGGCCGGUACCGCGGGCUGGUCUAGCAACGACGGAUACUUCGGGAAGCUAUCUAAGCUGUGGAACGGCGGUAACGGCAAGGCUGCGAGGUACGACAUCACUGGUAGUACCAACGACGGACAGCUAAAACACCGACUUCAAGCUCAGUGGGUGAGGGACAAUGACAGAGCGGAGGCGGGUAUCCAGGCCCCUAUUGCGAAUCCCUACGGCUUCCUGUCCAAGGGCGGUGCGGAGAAAUUUGAUCCCGAUUGGUAUACCUCUUAUAGUCGUUCCAUCAUUGAUGGUGGUUACGACUCGAAGAAGCCAUUCGGCAUAGAGGGAGGCGCUCGUCUUUCUUCUGGUGGCGAAUUGGAGGGACGUCUCACUGCACGAGCCAAGCCAGUCGAUAGCGUCGAUGCCUUGUACCGCGUCAGUGCGCGAACUCGCCCUGAUAGUUCGAAGGGCUUGUGGGGUUGGUUGACUGGACUCGGAAAAUCUCCUGUAGAAUUGGAGCACAACGCGCAAGUACAAUACUCAAACGGACCAGGGAGUGUGAUGUAUGCGAACUACGAGAAACGCGAUGCUUCCCCUGGGCACUUACGUCUAGGCUAUGCUAUGAGCAGUGAUGAUUACCAGUAAUUCGUGGAGGUAUUGAUCGAAAUAUGGACUCAGAAGUGCACCAAU